UUAAAAUGUAUAUGUAAAAAAUAAUUCUUCUCUCGAAUUAUAAUUUAUUUUUGAUGCCACAGACGGCUUAUGCUGAAAUAUUUGACAAAUUUACAAAAAUUAAAUAUUGUCCAAAACGGAAGUACACUUAAGUGGUAACAAAGGAGCGCGGACUGCAAUAAUGAUUCAUAUCUUAUUUGUAUCGUAAUUAAUGACUAAAGAUGAGAGAACAAUAAAAAACAGAAAUGAAAAAAACGCAGAACAAAAAUACGAAUACACAUCAACUUUGCCUAAAGCUUACCGAUAAAGUAAUUUAGCGACGUAGAAAUAAUUGGUCUACUUCAUCUGUUCGUCAUCAUUUAAUUAAAGUACACAAAAAGACAGAAUUAAUUUUAGAAAAUGGACGGCAAAAACAAAAUCUAUCGAAUAUAAAACAAGAACGUAAAGAACAACUUCAUAAACUAUGUAUUGAAGCAAUUGUACAAGAUAAUCUGCCAUUUAAUGCAUUCAAUAAACCCGGUUUAUCUAAACUACUAAAAGAAGUAGUACCCGGCUAUCAACCUAUUCACCGUAAUACAGUAGCUCGUCGUAUUAAACGAUUAAAACAUCAUCACUAUUCAAAAUUAAUUGAACAAUUGAGAACCGUUGAAACCAUAUCUAUCACAACAGAUUUUUGGUCCAACAGAACUAAUACUUCUUUUCUUGUAUUAACAGCACAUUACUGUACUGAUGAUCUUAAUCAAAAAUCAAAAAUUCUUACUUUUUCUUCUUUCAAUCAACGUCAUACGUCAGCACAAAUAGCACGUAUUAUUACAUUCAAAUUACGUAAAUUACAUAUUCUACAUAAAGUUAAUCGUAUUGUUUGCGCUGGAGCAAAAAAUAUAUCAAAUGCAAUUGAUUCGAUGAAUAUUAAUUGUGAACGUAUAUGGUGCAUCGCUCAUAGACUGCACCUGGUUGUUACUAAAGGUCUUUGCCUUUGGCCAAAGAAAUCGAAAAAACAAACUGAUGCAACAGAUCAAGGGUUCAAUUCUUUAAAUUCUAAUUUUGACAAUCAUCUUAUGAUCAAUAAACAUCGUGAAAUGAUACAAGAAAAUCAAACAACAAAUCAAAAUGAUUCACUUCAUCAAUCAGAAGAGAACAAUCAUGAAACAACAAAUACUGUUAAAGACGAAAUAGAAAAUAAUGAUAACGAUGAUAUGAUAUUAACAGAUGAUGAUAAUGAUGAUGAUGAGGAGGAGGAGGACGAGCAGGGCGAGGAAGAAGAGGAACAGAGUGACGAGGAAGAGGAAGAAGAGGAACAGAGAGACGAGGAAGAGGAAGAAGACGAGGAGGAAGAGGAAAAAGAGAAGGAGAAAGAGGAAGAGGAAGAAGAGAAUGAAGAAGUGGAAGAUAUUAUUAUUAUUGGAAAUAUUAUUGGUGAAGAUGAUGAUCUAUCAAAUUUAAUUGGACAUGAUGUUUUCACCGACAGUUGGGAGCAGGAUAUUGAAGUGGAUCCUGAUGAUCCAGCACUAACAAAAGAACAAUAUACAACUUUAUUAUUGAUGAUAAAAUGUCGAAAAUUAAUAUAUUUAAUAAAAAAAUCUUCAGUUUUGACUAUGUAUAUUACACAACAACGUAAAUUGAUGAAAAAAAAACGUGAUUUAACAAAAGAUCUGCACAGCUAUUUCGAUCCAACUGGUUUUUUAGCUUUAUCAGAUGCUGAUAAACGAGCUAUAGAACACGAGAUAAAAGAAAUGUCAAAAAAUGAUGAUUUAAGUUUCGAUAAUUUAUCAUUACCAUCAGCAACAUCACAAUCUUCAUUUAGUUUAUCUAAUACAGCUGCCACAACAAUCUCUUUUAUAAGUACAUUAUCAAUAUCAAAAUCUACUAAAAAGGCCAAACCAACAGCAAUGGAAGUGUUCCUCAACAGUAUUGGUGAUGAUAGUGUACAAAAGGCAACUACGUCACCACGUGCAUCUAUAAUUGAAGAAUUGUACAAUUAUCGAUGGCUAAUUGCAAAACAUAAUAGUCUUCAUAAAGCAUCAACAUCAUCGUGCUUGAAUUUUUGGAAAUUGUAUGAAGCGACGCUUCCUCUUUUUUCCAAAAUAGCUAGACAGUUAGUGUGUACACCAGCAACAAGUGUUCCAUCAUAA